UGGGAAGUCCUCCUGCUGGACCACGGAUGAUGCCGGACCAGCGCAUCCCAGAUUUGGGAGGUUCAACCUGGAUUGCAUCCGUGGCAUCAAGAACCAUAAACCAGCGGGUGCCACGCAGCAGCUUCACAUUGGCAACGCCUCCCAGGUGGCAAACGGUGACCUUCCUCGGGGAAAGGCACUUAAAUGUGUCGCAGGUGCAAGUCAAGCUCCCCCUCCCUCAAGAUAUAUCCUAAAUAUUUGUCAGCCUAUUGCUACAACACCACCACGUCCUGCAUGGAAGGAAGAGUUGUUAAGCCAAAGCAGCAGUGGGACCCAGAUUUCAGUUGCCAGUGGGAUCUCCUUGGGAGAAGCAAUCCGACAGAGGUCUACUGUUAAUCAGCGAAUGGAGUCAUGGUAUCAACUGCCAGCAGAAAUGGACGUCAGCCAUCUUGCGGCAACAUCAGGGAUGAGGUUGGGCUUGACUGGUGAUGGAAGUGACUUGACGGAGUUCCCUACUCUGGAGGAAGGCUUGUUGACUCUGAGAGAAGAGCUUGGAAGGCGGCGUACAGGCGACAUAGCAGACACUCCACAAUUAGAAAUUCAGGACAGUCGCUUUUCUCCCUGUCUCCCACUAUCGAUGACUUAUUCGGCACGAGAUCAGAAGAUUUUGGACGAUACCUUAUUUCAGCAAACUGAGCUGGAUUUUGCUCCUCUAAGAGGAAUCCCUGAUGUUUCUGAUGCUUCUGAGCAGUAUCCAAAGCCUUUGCAGAUCAGUGAAGCUGUGCAGUCAGCAGCCACUGAAGUAUCUUCGGACUUAGUUACUAGCUGCUUCACCCUGUCCCAGCAUCCAGUUGCAAUCAGCACUAUAGAACCUUGUGAUGUUGACUGUACCAGCUAUUUGUCUCAGCGCCCUAUUUCUCUUUCUGGACAGAUAACUGUGGAGAGGCAGGAGAAGGUUGAAGAUCAAAAUUGUAAACUUGAUAUUAGCAACAAAUCUUUAAUCCCUAAUACAGAUGAAAAUGUAACAGACCCAAAUAGAGAUAUUCUUAUAAACAAGCCAGAAACUCUACAGCAUCCAGAAGUAUCUGUUGCUAGGGAGGCCCCUAGUGGUUUUGUAAAUAACGAUCCCUUCUUUUUAGACAGCAAUAUGCCAGCUCCUCUUCUCCUGGAGCUUCAGGAGAAAGAAGUGGGGGUGUCAAGCCACGGUGGGUUCCCAUCUUCAGAGAGCUCUUCAUGCAAGAGCAUAUCAACAAGGGACCAAAGGGAAAAGGAAACAAUGCAGCAAAUAGGAAAUGUUGAGCUUUCUGAUAGGGAGUCAGAAGUGAUUAUAAGAAAAUCACAUCAGAAGCUAGAAGAAGAGUGCGUUCCUGAGCUUGGCUCUUCCAAGAGGUUUUCUGAUGUUUCAAGGAGAGAACCCUUUAAAAAUGCCAGUGCCCCAGAUGUGUGUUCUGCAAAGCCUUCAGAAAUGUUCAUGUUUUCCAAGGGACAUCAUUCAGAUUUGAAAGACUCCAGCAGACUGGAGUUUUCUGGUGUUAAUAUUGAGCCCCAGGGAGCCAUUCUAGAUAUGCAGCAUAAACAACUGUUUUCUAAAAUGUCUGGGAAACUGAAAGAGGAGACUGUCUCUGCUAAGUCUGCAGCUAGUAUCAAGAACAGUGCAUCUCACCAGCCUGUCACUGCUAAUGUAGAAUAUGGUGGAACAUGCAUCGAGAAAAAUACUGCUGCGGAAAUCCGGCCUGACGUUAACAGAAGUGAAUUAACUCUUUCAGACUUCAGCAUAGAGAGGGGACACAAAAAUACAGGCAUUUCACCUUCAUUUAAUCUUCCUGUAGAUGAUGGUUCUUUCUUUGGACAUUUAGCUCAACCAAUCUAUCAGUCCACUCCAGGCAUAUUUGUAAGCAGAAAUGUAAAGCAAGAAGUACCCAGUAAGCCCCUUCUUAUCAAAUCAAACCUUCAGGCCUCUCUUACUUGUUUAAAUGAAGAAACUUCUAGGGACUCAUCGACAAGUACACUAAUUUCUUCUGCUGAGAAGCAUCAUGAAUCCCAGAGUGAACGGGAAAUAAACAGUGAAACUAGUGAGUCCUUGAGAAUGACUCACCCUCGUACUGAAAGAAUCCAGUCUCUUCCUACCCUUAGUUUCAUGGAAAAGGUAGGAGCUUGGAAUGUGAAGCAGCCAAUGGACAAGAUACCUGAUGCUUUGAUUUUACGUGGCGUGAGUGGAGUUUCUCCAAGGCAGAAAGCCUAUAGUGCAAUUGCUGAUUCCUUAAACCGUAUUUUAGCAAGACAGAGCAGUAGCAUUAGUAAACUCAAGAGUGGUCUAGCUACAUCCUUUGGAGACAUAGGCUCGAUGACCAGUUUGCAUUCCCAUGAUAAAGUGUCAGCACAUACUUCGCCACUUACCCGGUCUCAGUCUGACAACUCAGUAAAUAUAAUCAGCAGGGAGGCUUCACAGAUUGAAGUUGUUCAGGCAUCAAAGCCAGAUGAAGUUGUUCGGCCUACAGAAGACAAAAGCAGAGUUUCUGAAAUGCCUGAAAUUAGAAAAAGUGAUGCGCAUUUAGGAGACGCCAUGACCCAACAGUUUACAACUGUCCUUGUCCCUUCGGGGUCCAGUGGUGGUGGUGAUGAUGAUGAUGACAAAUAUAGCAUAGGACAAAAUUCAGAUCAAAAUGCCUUCAUUUCCAGUGAAAGGGUUGCUCAACUUCUCAGAGAGGAGGAACACCAUCCAAGUGGUGGGCAAGAGAAAUACAAUGGUCUUGAAAAUAAUACCAGACAGUCAGAUGACCCAGAACUCUCUACUAGUCAAAUCAUGGACAUUGACAUAAAUGACAUUUCUCCAGAUAGCUUAAACCUCCUGUCUAAUUCACAGGCAAGUAGCCAUAUUGAUUUGUCUUCUGCAAGCUCCUCUUCAGAAGUUGCCAGGGAUUUUUUCACCGGUUUAGAAGGGGAUAAUGUCAUUCCUUUCUGGACACCUACUUUGAAAACUCCAGAUAAAAAAGAGAUAAAUAUUGAAGAAAGAAUACCGAUGUAUCUUCGCAAUCUUGGCAUUGAUCAGUCACCUUCAGCUAUACUGACUCCAUUUGUACCCAGAGGACCAAUCAGAGAGGUUGAAUUUUCCCCAUCAGAGCUCAGAACCUUGAAGGAAUCCACUGACACCUUAACAAAGCAUGUUCAGCUAUCUGAAGGAAGUUCUCCGUCUGCAAUUGACACUACACAGAUAAGCUUUAACUCUGAUGCUUCCACUCUCAGCAUGUCUAUACCAAGGGAUUCAGAUGUUGGCCCUUUUAAUCCAUUACCCACUGAUCUCUCACCUCUGUUCUCAAGAUCUUCCAAAGACAAACCACUGAGUCAAUGCAAUGUUGCCUACCAUCAUUCAGAGUUACCUGUCCCACACCUCCCCAAAGGCAGCUCAGAAUCUUCAACUGUCUCAAAAUCUGUUGAACUGAGCCAGAUAAUGCAUGCAGUUCCAGUUGACUCUGACUUUGAAAGGGGUCACACACCUGUUUCAAAACAUGUUCAAAAGCUCAUAGAUAAAUUUGAGUCUAGGGAUAUUGACCUCAGUCUAGAGAAGUUGUCCUCCAGUCCUUUGGUUGGAAAUGCAGAUGAAACGCAUGUCAGUGGAGAACCAGUGUCUUUAGACGUAGAUGCCUCUGUUAAUUUAAAUAGGGAUCAAGGAAAUGAUUCCUUCAUUGGAUCCAACACAUUGAAAGAGAUCCAGAAGCUUUUAGCAGAGGCAGAAAAUAUAGCUGUCACUCAGUUAGAUCCUGCUCCUUCCAUUGCCUCUUUACAAGUCAGCAACUCUUCAUCAGUGUCAAUUGAAAAGGAUGGGUCUGAAGAGUCUAGAUUAGCGAAAGACAUCAGUCCCGCACUUCAGAGAAUAUUAUCAUGGGAUGAGUCCUUGGCCAGAAGAAGCAUCCGAGAAGAUAAUUCACUAUUGAAGACCCUGAAUUCCUGCAGGUGCAGUUUAAACUGGGAAAGCUGUCUUGCUAUUGAUUUACCAACCAAGGAAAAAAGUGUGGAAGAAAUGACUGGACCAACACACCAGGGAGCUAUGGAAGUGUGUGGGGUAGCACAGUCCAUAGGACGGUCAGAACCAGAGGGUUGCAGUAGUGGAACAAUAAAUAAAAACCUGCCUCCUCUCAUGACUGUUACAAAGAGUAAUACAAGUAGUGAAUCAAGCAUUGAAAAGAUUUUAAAAUUACAGAAUCUUACAGAGCCCUUAGGUAGCAUCACCAAUGACCUAGGGGAUUUCCAGCAUACCUUGGCUAAAACUAGUGUGGCUGGCAGCAAAGAGGAAGAUGGCAUUCGAGAGAGUGAUGACAGUAGCAGUGUAGAUUCACUAGCUGCCCGUGUCAAAAGUCUUCUGAAAAAUGAAUCCCCGGUGCUACAAGCAACACAAAUUCUAAAAAGUACAGAGGAAAAGGAUAGAGAAGCUUGUGCAUGGGUGAAGCUGAAGCUGACCAGCCAACCUCAGGAUUCUCUGCUAGAUCUGAAUGAAGAGGACAGGCAGAGAAUAGAUGAGAUCAAGUCAGAGCUGCUUCUGAGUUCCAGGAAAUCGGUGUUAGCCAAGGAUCCAUUGGGAAACAGUGCAGAGGCUACAUCUAGUCACCGCCAUAGUCAGAGGCAGAACACAGAACACUUCAAAUCUCCAAUUGUCAAACAGUUCCAAAUUGACAGCCAGACACAAGAUUUCAAACUAAAUGACCCUCCACAGUCAAACACAAGAGAGGUUACACCAAUAUAUAGAAGUGACCCUGCUGAUUACUCGUCUCUAGGGGAUGUACAGUUUAAAGCUUUGAAUAACAUCCAAACACAUAUCCACCCUCAGCUGCAGACACUCACAGCUAAUCUUUUGGAUGUGGACAGUGGGCUUUGCACACUUUUGCAUAAAGAUAUGGACAAAUGUUCGGUGGAAUUGGAGAAUGCCUCCAGUGUACCAACAGAGGAGGAUGUGUUUCUUUCAGCUCAGAAGUUGUCAUCUACAGAAAAACCUUCGGUAGAAGUUGUCAAGCAAAUUACUUCCAUCACUUUUGCAUCUCGUAAACGUUCUCAGUCUCCAUCAGCUUCCGUGGUCCUUAGUGCCAGUCUCAGUGAAGAUACUCUUCAUGGUAUACUGCCUUCUGAAACUGGAUCUAUUAGUGUGAAAGAGCUUAGAUCUGGCAAGCAACAGGUGGAAGGUCUUAAAUCAUGUCCUUCAUCAAACCUGACAGCCACUGACUUAAUUGAUAAUGAUAUUAAGUUUGAGGCCAAUAAAGACAGGUUUCAGCAUGUGCCCUUUGCUAUUGGCAAACAUGAAACUUCCCGAGAAGAAGAUAUUUUAUCAGGUCAAGGUUCUAAAACCACUUACACUGAUCAGGGACUGACCCUAGUUGAGGAAGCUGAACCUUUCACUCACGAUGCUCUUGGUUUGGGCAGACAUAGUGCCAGAUUUUCUGGGAUUGACCAUGAUCUGAUCAAAUUUGAUCAAGAAGUAAAUAUGCUUCAUCAACCUCUUUCCAGCAAUCAGCCUCUAUUGUUGCCCUAUAAGCCUUCUGGAAGUUCCAAGAUGUACUAUGUUCCCCAUCCAAUGAAAGGACCCAAAAUAUCUCGUGUCAGGUCAGAGACCACUAUUGAGAGCUCUCACUCAGGUUCAAGAGAAAAGGAAUUUUUUAUGGAUGCAUUCUGA